AUGCUAUUCGAUGAUUUGUGUUUAAAAAUCUAUUUUUGGCCAUUUCUAUCGUAUCUGGCCAGUCUUAAAGGAUUGUGUCCAUUUUAUCCGCCCGGCUAUUUUCCCUUCACCACAAUGCCGCCAAAUAAUGGCAUGAGCUCAACGUCACCAAUACCAACAUUCCAGCCAACACCGCCCACAACACUACCACCCUGCCCGGCUGAUCCGUUGGUAUGUUUGGCCGGUGGUGAAAGACCCAUACCGUAUUGUCCCUGCAUUGAUCCUAGACAACAAAAUGGUCAGACAACUACUACAAGUAGUAAUGUGGAAAGUGUUGAAAUGCCCAGUGAAUCAGAAGAUAUUAUGCAGAGUUUACAAUUAAGAUUAGCUCCAUCUUAUCCGACUGCUGUAAUGGAUACGGAAGUGAUGAUAUUUUCUCAUUUGGAUAAUACGAAAAGGAGGAGGAGACGCAAGAGAAGGGAUAUUUCGAAGAAGGAAUAUUGA